AUGCCAACAUAUGUUGUAACGGCUUCGAAAAAUGCCCUGUCGCCAGAGGCGAAACAAGCAUUAGCACGAGUUAUUACCGCUACUCACUGCGAAGAUGCAAACAUACCCUUUUAUUUAUGCCAGGUGGUGUUCCAAGACGUUGAGCCCAGCCAGCAAUUUUUGAACGCGGAACCUGUGGCUGUUGACCAAAUUUGGGUUCGUGGAGAUGUCAGGGCCGGCCGCUCAGAGGAGCAAAAGGCACGUAUCAUUGAACGCAUAGUCGCGGAGGGUAGCCAAGUGACUGGAGUUUCUGAGUCGAAAUUUUGGGUUUACAUUUGUGAUAUCCCCAAAAUGGCAGAAUACGGACGAAUCUUGCCUCCUCCAGGCCAAGAAGCAGAGUAUAUCGCCAGUCUACCUGCUGACAUUGAGGCUUCAGCGCGCAAUCUUGGACAUGUGUUUGUACACGGCGUCCACAUGACAGUGCUUCAUGCUGACUGCCAUACCGACAUUGCUCUUCCUUGCAAUUUCCCUUUCAAUAGUCCUGGCGCCGCCAAAUUCUCCUCUCUCGAUAAAGUCUACAGUCUCCUCCACGGCCAUAGAGAGCACUGCGAGUCUUUUGUUGAUGGCUACUUUGCCUUAUACCAGCCCGUGCAUCCAAUCAUCGACCCUGUUGGCUUCGCUGAUGAAGUCAACUGUUUCUGGGACGACCCAACACAGGCUGAUAUCUCCUGGCUAUCGUCAUUUCUCAUGGUAUUGGCGCUGGGCUGCUUCACAGUGACUCGAGAUACAAAGCUAAUGGUCGAGUUUUGCCUUGCGGCCGAAGCCUGUCUGUCCAAAACGGCAUUCUUGGUCCGGCCAAGCAUGUCAGUAAUGCGAACGUUGUGUCUAAUUGUUCUCGUUAAACAGCUCUCGAACGGCACAUGUUGGUCUUUUGAUGCGAGCUGGACACUGUUGGGUAUAAUUGUUCGCCUCGCUGUUUGCAUAGGUCUUCACAAGCCCCCGACUUCAACCCCUGUCGAGGAGAACGCGGUGACUUACUCUGAAUGGCAAUCUGGUCAUAUCUUAUGGAUAACAAUAGUCUACUUUUGCAUACAAACAGCAGCAGUUACCGGUAUGCCAACUCUCCUCUCCUCUGAUGAUAUUUUGGAGAGAACAGAUGUGCAGGACGUUUUGUUACCUCAUGCUGAGGGAGUUGGCCCGUGGUUCUCGUUAUGCGAUGCAUUUCCAAUAAUAUGCAAAAUUAUUGCGAGAGUCAAUUCCGGUACAAAAGCAACAUCUUACGACGAAAUACUCGAAUACAACGCCACCAUCAGACGGCUGAUGGCUGCCUCUAUGGAUCACCCCGAGUGCAACGACUCGUUACGUGCCAUCCUAGACAUCUUCUUUCGCCGUGUCUUGAUGGUACUCCAUCGCUGUCACGCUCUACUUCCCAAUGCUCCGGAACUAUAUCCUGUCUCUUACUGGGCUUCUCUCGAGUGCAGUUUGGCCAUACUAGUUCAUCAUCGAAAUCUCUGUGAGCACCGCGGUAAUUCCAUCUAUCAGGAUUUAUUAGGCCGUCUAUACAAACUUGACUUCUUCGCCGCCGCGCUGACAGCUAGUCUCUAUCUAUUACAGAGAGAUGCACCACUCGCAGUCGGAUUUGCCAUACCGCCUAGACAGACAAUCCUCGAGACAUUGGAGACCUGCACUGAGAUAUGGGGUAGAGACAAAGAUAGAUCCAUUUGCUUUCGUUCUGGAUACAGGACGUUGACGUUCAUUCUAACUAUGCUGUCCGGAAUGGAUAGCAUGACAGAUUAUGGACUGCCACACUCAUCGGUAGCGUGUACGUAG